AUGACCACUAAUAUUAUCUAUCUAUCUAUCUAUCUAUCUAUCUAUCUAUCUAUCUAUCUAUCUAUCUAUCUAUCUAUCUAUCUCUCUCUCUCUCUCUCUCUCUAUAUAUAUAUAUAUAUAUAUAUAUAUAUAUAUAUAUAUAUACAUAUAUACACCUAUAUAUCGAAGAGAUUUGGUAAAAAGCGUGCUCAGUAUAAAAACAAUACCUAUCUAUCUAUCUAUCUAUCUAUCUAUCUAUCUAUCUAUCUAAAUUGUUUCUCUUACGGUCUAUCGUUCUCUUUGUAUCUAUUCUUUAUCAGACAUUACACAUUUAUUUAUCUCUGUUUAUAUGCAUUUAUGAAACAACUGAUCAACUUGGAUGAGUCAGUCAUUAUCUAUCUCAGUCCUAUCUAUCUAUCUAUCUAUCUAUCUAUCUAUCUAUCUAUCUAUCUAUCUAUCUAUCUAUCUCAGUCUGGUCAUAUCUAUCUAUUUAUCUAUCUAUAUAUAAUAUCCUAUCUAUCUAUCUAUCUAUCUAUCUAUCUAUCUAUCUAUCUAUCUAUCUAUCUAUCUAAAUCUGUUCAUAUCUAUCUAUCUAUCUAUCUAUCUAUCUAUCUAUCUAUCUAUCUAUCUAUCUAUCUAAAUCUGUUCAUAUAUAUCUAUCUAUCUAAAUCUGUUCAUAUCUAUCUAUCUAUCUAUCUAUCUAUCUAA